UCUAGAAACCCGUUAGAAACUUUGUUUCUAACAUCUGGUAUCAGAGCCAUGGUCGAAGACCUGAGUUUAUCACAACUCUCUCAGGGACAGCUUCCUACCAAAUCGAAACUGAUAAGUUCAACCGUUAUAUCGGAGCUGACGUGGGUUCAAAAGCAAGGAAGAAUGUGGCAGAUCGUGGAGUAUUGGAAGGAGCACGGGCUGCGUACUGCCGCGAAGGCUGGUGAGGACGCUGCGGCGGGCGGGCUACCGCUGUCCGCCGUUGCUGACGGGGACGAGUUCGAAAAAGAUGGACAAGAACUGGUGACUCCUGACGCUGAUGACCCAAGCGCCUCGCCACCACGCAAGCCUGCUGUUGCUCUCCAGCUUCACUCGAAUAUGACGAUAGCGGCGGUAGAGCGGCAAAGUGAGGUGGUGACGACCCUAACGCCAGAGGAUAACGAGCUGGCGCGUGCGCUGAUGACCAAGGAGGAAUCUUCCAGCGAUUCUGAAUCCCUAACUCGAGAUUCAAGGGGAAAGAAUAGCAGGGCCAAUUGGAAGUUCCGGAAGAAGAGAGAAAGGUCAGAAGAUGGUUUUGGUGCUGAGAAACGGAAUAAUCAAGGAGGGGUGGUCACCUGUCUAUCAAAGGGUUGGAGAAAAGAAGAGUCGUCGCGGGUUCGAGAAGAAUCUGCCGGGAACGGGAUGACAACGCAGAACGUCACUCCACCCUUGCCAUUCGCUGUGACGGGCGCCGUCUAAACGACCACGCAGAUGGAGACCCGCUCGACACGACCAGCCAUCAACGCUGUAACAUCCCGUAUCCGGGUGGAAUCUUACACCAAACCGGUUCGAUGCAUCAACAAAGAAUGAAUUCGACAAGAUCGAGAGAAUCAUUCGUCCUCCUCAAUUAAUGUCGUGAAAAAUAUGGAGAAUAAAUAUAGCACGAAGGG